AUGGCUUCCCGGCGAGCGUUGGCCGCCUUGCCUCUGCGCAGCGCCCUCAGCAAGCCCGCCGCCAAUGCCUUCUUCCUGCCGGCCGUCCGCCGCUCCAGUUCCUCGACCCAGGCCCUCGCCUACAAGGCCCUGCACCGACGGAUCGCGCCUCUCCCCACACAAGAUGCCCCGCCGUCAUGGUCGGCUCCUGCCGCCGUCAGCAGCAUCCUCUACGAGACGCCGCUGCCCUCGCAGGCUCCGCCAAAGCGCCACGUCCUCAACUGCCUCGUGCAGAACGAGCCGGGUGUGCUGUCGCGCGUGUCGGGUAUCCUGGCCGCGCGCGGCUUCAACAUCGACUCCCUCGUCGUCUGCAACACCGAGGUCGACGACCUCUCGCGUAUGACCAUUGUCCUGCAGGGCCAGGACGGCGUCGUCGAGCAGGCCCGCCGCCAGCUCGAGGAUCUCGUUCCCGUCUGGGCCGUCCUCGACUACACCCAAGCGCCCCUCGUCCAGCGCGAGCUGCUGCUCGCCAAGAUCUCCAUCCUCGGCCCCGAGUUCUUCGAGGAGCUGAUGAACCACCACCGCGAAAUGGUCGACUCGCCCGGCUUCAUCCAGGAUGGUGAGACCCCCGAGCAGACUGCCGCUGCCAUUGAGGAGCAGAGGAUCGCUGCCGAGCGCGCCGCCCAAGAGGCGCUUCGUCGCGACUUCCACCCUAGCAGACUGGCUGCGUCGCAAGCGCUGAGGCACAAGCACGAGCACUUGGAGGCGAUCACCCACCUGGCGCACCAGUUCGGUGGCAAGGUCCUGGACAUCAGCACCAACAACUGCAUCGUCGAAGUCUCUGCCAAGCCGGCAAGGAUUGACUCGUUCAUGAAGCUCAUUGCUCCCUUCGGUAUCCUCGAGUCUGCCAGGACUGGUCUUAUGGCCCUGCCCCGCUCGCCGCUCACCGGCCCGAACGAGGCGCAAGAGAAGGAGAUCGAGGACGUCGUCGACCAGAGCAUGCUGCCCCCUGGUUAA